AUGGUCAUAGCUGCCCAGCCCUGCUUGAACAGGGGAGAGGCCCUGGGGAAGGCUCUUGACUGGGCCUCAAUCUCCACAACUGAGCAUAGGGACACCCCUCCUAAUAUCUGUGUGUGGGACUUGCAGGACCACGUAUGCCUCCAGCCCUUCUGUGGAAAGCUGUUUGCCCCGGGAAACUGCCCUGUCACCAGUGCCUACUUCCACCCAAACGACAACACCCUGGUCUGCAGCACCUUUUCACCUGCCACCCUCUCAGAUGCUGCUCUUUUCCUGAUCUGUGCAUCCUCCGGACUCUCCUCCUGGAAGCCCGCCCUGAUCCCCACGCUGGAUUGGAAUCCGAACAGGGUUCUUGGAGACCCAGGGGCGUGGGAACGGACGGGAGAAGACCACACUUACAGCUCACCCCUGUGCGCCAUCCUCUACAACACGAAUGUGAAGCAGACUUUGGCUUUCUUUCAUUUUCAACAGAUUAGAGGGAUUAUCCAUAUGAACAAAGUAUUCCACGUGACUGGGUGGAGUAGGAGAGUCACGUACUUCAUGAUCCACAAGACCGGGCUGGUGCUCCUGUACCACCACUGGCCGACCUUCCACAGGGAGGACGUCCUGAGCAUGGGCACAUACCAGAGCCAGUGUCUCGGGACCUCCUCCUGCAGUGGGGACAUCCUCUUCUGGAACAUCAACACGUUCAAGCCCAUCUUCGGUUUCAAUGCCUCUGUGAGCGCCUUGCCUCAGUCACCCAAGGAGGUGCAAGAAGUAGACGAAUGUGUGGUUGAGAGUUCCAGGCCCAGCAAGCCCUGUGUGGGGCACAAGAGAUGGGCAUACAAAACCCCUAAGCAGCCCCAGGGCCGCAGUACCAAGACUGUGGCAAACGUCAACCUGAGGCGGAACCUGAUGUCAGCACCCCCAGUGAUGUGA